UUCUGAACCCGGGCUACGGAUAAGGUUGGCUUCGUUUUAUGGCUGUAGAACUCGGUUACUGAAACAAAAACGCAUAAAGUUAUUUGCUAUUUUGCACAUUUGCAAAUAGUUACAACUUUGUGUGCACCUACAUCUGUAAACAAUGCCAUUCAGACCACCAAUCCGUUCAAUUGGCGGGAAACGGCAAACAUUGACAAUUAAUUUGACACAACGGUAACAACAUUUCUAUUAAAGAAAAUAUUGAAGUUCCAAGCACAAUAAAUAGCGAAUUAUUAUCCAAAAUGCCCAGAAAAAGAGUUAUGACGAAACUCGUAACGUGGUUAAGUGAGGAAGUAAAUGAUCCACAAAGUUUGACCCCAUCAUUUCAUCACUACGAAAAGUUUCAGUUCGGUAAUAUCAUAGCUGGGAUUGGAGAUUACGUUCUUAUUUCAAAUGCUGAUGCGGCGGAACCCGAUACGGAGACUGGUUGUGAUGCGGCGCGAAUUAUAUCUCUUUAUGAGGACCGUUCCAACUCCAGUGAUCCAUUUAGAGCCAAAGUUCAGUGGUACUCGAGACCCGGUGACCUGCCAAAUUGGUGCUUCAAUAACAUAGAGCCCAUAAGUUUUCACGAAAAGGAGGUAAUAGAAGACCAUCGUCCAUUCAACCAAGAUGUGUCAAUUGAAACUUUCUUCAAAAAGUGUACCAUUACCCUCACAUUUACAAAAGACGUGGAUGAAGGUGAUAGUAAACCAUACAACUACAUAUGCAGAUACCGCCUUAUGGCUAUGGGCAGACGUAAAGUAUUAAUUGAACCAGUUCUAGACCAAGAAAGAAAAGCUUUAGCAUUACUAAACACACCUAAUAAAACUCCAUCUAAGACAGCUACACCAAAAACGCCAAGCAGCUUAGUCAAAAGAAUGAGUAGAGUAUCCCUCUCUGAAAAGAACUGGAGUAUCAGCAAAAAUGACGGUACAAAACUGCUACUCAAAAGAGCAAUAUUAGCUGACAAAAACGAAAAGGAUUCCCCUAAAAAAGGUACACCAACCACUACUCCCAAAAAAGUUACAGAAACACCAAAGAGUUCUAAGAAGUUAUCUAAAAAUACCAUUGAGGAUGUUUUGUCUAUGGAACUUAAGGAAACCUCUGAUGAUGAACUACCAACUCUCAUCAUAAGACAGCAUGUACCAACCACUCCAAAAAGAAAGCAGUCAAUAUCUAAUAACAAAGAGGAGACUCCUAAAAAGGUUUUAGUGUUUGAAGAUGAAGAAAGAAGUACUCCUACAACUAGAUCAGGUAGAACAAAGGCAACAGUUAAUUAUCAGGAGCCUGAAGUUUCACCAGUAAAGAGAACGCCUAGAAGGACUGCUCGUAAAAUGUCUGAAAGUGAUGAUGAUUUUAAGAUUUCUUCUCGCACUCCUAAAACUCCAAACCCCAAAACUCCUAGGACUAGAACACCAGCUCAAACACCUAGACGCAGUGUAACUAAGAGAAUAUUGACUAGCCAACUUACUCCAACUUUACAUAAUAGGGCUCACUCCAUCGACAAUGUUGAUGAAUUCCUCAAAGAAAACAGGGCCCUACCUGGCAGGGAAAGUCAGAUGGAAGAAAUACUGUCAUUUGUUAGGUCAAAACUCCUUGAUAGCACCAGUGGAUGUAUGUACAUAUCAGGCGUACCAGGCACAGGCAAGACAGCAACCGUGUGUUCAGCUCUAAAAUAUUUGAAAGAAGAAGUAGAUUUGCCAGACUUUCAACUGGUAGAGGUCAAUGGCAUGAGGAUAGCAGAGCCUCGCCAAGCUUAUGUGCAGAUAUAUAAACAGCUUACUGGUAAAUCUGUAGUAUGGGAACAAGCCUGCGCCCUUUUAGAGAAGAGAUUCACUAAUCCUGGACCUAGAAGGACACCUACAGUAUUGCUUGUUGAUGAGCUGGACGCGCUCUGCACCCGUCGUCAAGACGUCCUCUACAGCAUAAUGGAGUGGGCAGCCCACAACACGGCCCUCCUCACAGUGCUCGCGGUCGCCAACACAAUGGACUUGCCGGAGCGAGCGCUGGCGGCGCGCGUGGCGUCGCGCCUCGGCCUCACGCGCCUCACCUUCCCGCCCUACACUCAUACGCAGCUGCAGAAUAUUGUGGCCUUGAGACUGGCUGGUGCUAAUGUCACUGCUGAUGCUGUUCAACUUAUUGCUAGAAAAGUAGCAGCAGUAUCGGGCGACGCUCGACGGGCGCUAGCUCUAUGCUCUCGCGCUCUAGAACUGGCGGGGCCAGAGGGCGCGGGGCUGAAGGAGGUGCAGCAAGCCCGGGAAGCCGCGUCCAGUGCCGCAGUACGCGCGAUACGGAACUGCUCGCCUGCUGAGAGGCUCAUGUUGAGGGCUGUGGCUGCUGAGGUGGAAAGAACAGGCUCAGACGAAACGACACUUUCCCGCGCUUUACAAACAGCAGCCGCCAUAGUUGCCCUCGACGGUCGUCCAUACAAGACAGCGCCUUCUAUCCGCGCGCCAACGCCGUCCCAAGCUCAAGCUAUAUGUACGAGGCUGGCCGCGCUAAGACUUUUGUUACUAGAACCUAAACCAGCUGAACCCAGGCUGUUACUGAAUAUCAGUGCUGAUGACGUACAUUAUGCCACAAAGCAAAUUAUUGUUUGAUUAUACUACUGUUGUGAUUUACGAUUAACUACAGAGCGCGCCAUUCUUUUUGUUUAUAAAAAUCCUUAAUUUUUAUUCAUAUUAAUUGCAUUGACUAUACGCCGUUUGAGUAGGCACUUAACUAAAGGGAACAAUCUUCGAAUAU